AUGGAUUCCAGUCGUCUUCAUAACAUCCUUGACAAUAUCUACAUCCCUAAGGGACCCCAAGAGUCUAGCAAUAGCAUUCCCAACCACCAUCCUACGUUAAUCAUGCAGGACUAUCAGACCGACACCACUCAUCACUUAAAGUGUGGAUGUUGUGCUGGUGCCUGUAUUGAAGAGAACGCUUGGUGGAACAAGAAAUCCUCAACCACCACUCCAGCUUCAAAAACCACUUCGACUACUACUAAGAAGCAAGCCGGCCAGGCUGCUCCUAGACCCAGUGUCAUGUCUACUGUCAGCAGUAGCAGUAUUGCUAGCGCCUCGUCCAACUUCUCUGCCUAUGACUCGUAUUCCGAGUCGUCUGCCUCUGACUACGAGAACUAA